AAAACAAAGAGUACCAUUGGAUCAAAAGCCUAGUGAUGGUUUGACAUUUCUUAGGUCGCUAUCUGACGAUUAAUUCCAUGCUGCUCAGCAAACCUCUCACAUGGAAAAGAUGGUUUCAAACAUGUUUUCUGAUCUCAACAUGCCUUCUGCAAAAACACUUGUGUCUACGGUAGCUUCUGUUGCUGCUUCUGCCAUAGUGGUCCGAUCGAUAGUCCGAGACCUCGUACCUUAUGAGCUUCAACAAUAUGUCUUCUCGAGCUUCCGAAAUAUUUUCAAAACGUUUUCGUCCGAGAUAGUCGUGAUCAUCGAAAAAUACGAUGGCCUUGUCCACAAUCAAAUCUACAGGGCUGCUGGAAUUUAUUUAGGCACAAAAAUCUCACCCUCUACCCAAAUGUUUAAAGUGAGCAUGCCCAAGAAGGAGACGAAGAUAAAGACUUCCAUGGCGAGCAAUCAAGAAAUCAUCGACAAUUUCAAUGGUGUUCAAUUCAAAUGGAGGAAAAUCACAAGACACGUUGAAUCUUCCACUAGUCAACCUUCAUCCUCUCAGACAGAAAUUCGAUUUUUUAGGCUAAGUUUUCGCAAGAAACACAUGGCAAUGGUAUUUGAUUCUUACUUUCCUUUCAUUCUAAAGGAGUCGAAGAAGCUGAAACAAGAGAGAAAGACACUGAAAAUCCGCACAUUGAAUGGCGAUAGCAUGCGAAGUUAUUCAAGAGGGGGGUCUUUAUGGAAAUCCAUAACUUUCGAUCAUCCAGCAAAUUUUGAUACAUUGGCAAUGGAUACAGAGAUGAAGAGAAUGAUCAUGGAUGAUCUCGAACGAUUUGUGAGAAGAAAGGAGUUGUAUAGGAAAGUAGGGAAGGCUUGGAAAAGAGGGUACUUGUUGUAUGGUCCUCCUGGGACAGGGAAAUCGAGCUUGAUCGCAGCAAUGGCGAAUUACCUGAACUUUGAUAUCUAUGACUUGGAGCUCACUGCUAUUCAUAGCAACUCAGACCUGAGGAAACUGUUGAUUGGCAGCCCGAACCAGUCGAUUCUUGUGGUUGAGGAUAUUGAUUGUAGUCUUGAGUUUGAAGAUCGAAAAGCCAAAGAACCAGCUCUAAAGAGCAUUCAAUCUAGUCAAGAGAGCCAAGCUCAGACUGUGAAUAUUGUUCCGCAACAGAAACUGAGCCAAGUAACACUUUCGGGGCUGUUCAAUUUCAUUGACGGACUCUGGUCAAGCUGUGGAGACCAACGGAUUAUCAUUUUCACAACCAAUCACAAAGAUCGAAUCGACCCAACUUUGCUACGUCCUGGCCGCAUGGAUUUGCACAUCCACAUGUCUUAUUGCACUCCCUGUGCCUUCAAGACUCUAGCCAUGAACUAUCUUGGAAUUACAGAGCACUCUUUUUUCCCCGAAAUCAAUGAUCUGUUGGAAAAGACAAUGGUGAGCCCUGCAGAAAUUGGAGAGCAAUUACUGAAAAAUGAGGAACCAGAGGCUGCACUACAGGGCCUGAUUGAGUUCCUCCAGAGGAAGAAGAGAGAGAGUGAGGAAAUGGAAGCAAGAAAACUAGAAGGAGAGAGAGAUAUGGGGAAGAGUGAAGUAUGAGAAUUCAGCAAAGGGGUGGAAAAAAAUUGUACAUAAAAACUGAUCUGAUUUAAUGACUUGGUGAUAUUAUGGUUGUGACAUGUUUUAAUAGAAUUAUUGUAACUGUAAUUGUUAGACUUUUUUAGGUUAACUACUCUGUUCAAAUUAAAAAGAA